AUGGCUCCCAUUGCGAGCGCAACUGCCAGCGGAGGCCUGCCACGGAUUCAGGAUGCACUUCGUACUCCGGAGGACCUCGAAAAGAUCACAGGUCUUAAAGCCGAGAUCAACCGCAAGAAAGGGGAUGUGGAUGCCAGGUUACGAGAUGGAUUGAAAGAACACCUGGAGACUACACAAAAUGGGAUGUACACUCUAUCGGAAGGGCAAAAGCUCGUUGGGCAGAUCAGAGAGGAAAUGAAAAGCAUCUAUGACCUUUGCGAGCAAGCCCAGGCUAUUCGUAGGGACUUUCCCCAGCUUGAUUAUCUCGCCAGAGUCCAUCGCAAUUUCGAGGCAACCCGGGCUAUGCAGGCUGGUCUUGAUAGCUUCGUGCAGGACUGCGCGUACGUGCAGAGACUGUUAGAGGAUGACGAGAAUGACCUGGAGCAACAGCCUAAUCUCCUUGAGGCACACAUGCGGUUGACGCGGUUGCGCGAUUUCCGAGACGAAGCACUGGACCAGAUUCGCAAAGGGAAAGACUCCAGCUUGGAGCAGACACUCAUCGACUGGUUCCAGCCACUUGACGAUGUCAUCGACAUAUUUGAUGAUCACCUUGGUCAGAUCUGCAUGAACCUUAUUGAGCUGGUCCAACGGGAUAAUACUGGCAUCAUUGUCCGCCUGGCCAUAGUCAUUGCAUCGGAAGAGAAGAACGAUGACAGAGUCCGAGCUCUACAAGAUGCUCAGAAGGACCAUCAGGACCUGGUCAGCAAAUUCACCUCAUUUACGAUCGGGCCCAAGACUAUUCGCGGAUACAAGGAGAAAUUUCUCAAGGCGAUCGAGGCUGUGGCACAAGCGAAGUUCGAGCAGACGAGGGAGGAGUUCCAAACCGAUCCAUCCAGACUCGAAAAACAGACAAAGUGGUUCUUCAGCGACAUCUACGUCUGCAAAGAAGGAAUGCAAAACUUGUUUCCCAAGAAAUGGAAGAUCUUACAGACAUACGUCGACAUCUAUCACAAACAAAUGCACGACUUCCUCAUCUCGUUCGUGGAGGCCGAAGACCUCCGGCCGCCACAGAUGCUGGGUAUUGUACACUAUGUGCAAGUCUACUAUGCCAAAAUGAACAAACUGGGUGUUUCUCAAGCCCAACUAAAGCCACAUGUUCUAGAUUCCCGCGAAGGCGACCUUAUUCGCGAGUACAGAAACAUCAUAACCAAAGCUCUCACUUCUUGGAUGGACAGGAUGUACAUCAGCGAUCGCAAGAAUUUUGUAUCGAGAGCAACAGAUGCCAUCGAGCAAGACCCAGAUGGACAUUUCAGAACCAAGACCUUGGGCGACAUGUGGCGGAUGUUGCACGAGCAAGCUGAAGCCGCAGGUGAUUCGGAACGUGAAGAUGUCGUGGAGGGUGUCAUGACUGCAAUGUUCAGUGCUUUGAAGACGAGACAACAACAAUGGGAGACACUUAUUGACGAAGAGGUCGAACGAUACAAGAAUCCAACGCCCGAGCUGCUGGAGAAUUUGCAACCGCUCCAAGAUUGGAUACUCGCCAUUGCGAACGAUCAGAUUGCUUGCGUGGAUGACGCCGCUGGUGAUGUGAUUGAGGAAGAUCCAACGGCUCAGAAAGGCUAUCUCACUAGAUUCCGUGAAGACUUUGCCAACUUACCUACACCUCCAUCGGCCAAAUACAUGUCCACUAACGGCACUACUGAACUCGAUGUCCUUCGAGAUGGUUAUGUGGAUCUGGCCACGCAUUGUAUUAAUUGUUUUGUUCAGUUGAUUUUCCGUGUCGACUUCCGCACGAUUUUGACCGAGCUGUUUGUCCCUGGGAAGUGGUAUGAGCAGACAGCCAUACAGAGGAUCACCACCACGUUUGAUGAUUACAUCAGCGAUUACAGUUCGACUUUGCAUCCUUCGCUGCUUGAUAUUUUCAUCGAGGAGCUCUCGGAUGCUCUGUUGGUGAAUUACUUGACGGCCAUUCGCACCAACCGAGGCGUCAAGUUUAAGCGAGGCGAACCCUUCCCUGCCAAGUUUAGGGAGGAUGUUCUUGCAGCCUUUGCCUUUUUUGAGAGAUACCCCGACAGCUUCAAUGAAACUAUCAAACCGAAGUGGAAGGCUGUCAACUUCGCUGUCCAACUCCUCGAGGCCGAUAAAGCCGAAGUCGUCGGAGUGUAUGAACAAUUCAAGCGGGAGUUCUGGGACCUUCAUCUGAGUUGGGUUGAAGGGGUUCUAAAAACCCGAGACGACUGGGACCGCACCAUGAUUACUGCCGUUAAACGAGCCGCGGCUAGCACAUAUGCUGAGCGUGGUAUGGAUACUGUCAUGGGGAGAGUGAAGUAG